GGCUCAUCAUGCGGAUGUGGCUCCUGUGUCUGUGGACCAGCUGGAUGUUGGGCGCAGCGUUGCAGCCUCCUCAGCGGGAGGAAGGAGGCGUGCAGCCCGGCGACCAGCCCCACAUGGACCCGGAGGGGUUCCGGCCCGGGUCCCGGAGGCAGAGCCGUUUGCAGCGGGAGGAAAGUGAGCCGGGAGAGGCUGCAGGGAAGUCCGGGGCCCGCAGGAAAGCUGCUCUGAGCGGUCCUCGUGUUUGUGGAGGUCGAUGUUGUCCCGGUUGGACUUUGUCACCUAAAACCCGGAGAUGCACCAAGCCCAGAUGUGCUCCUCCUUGCCGUAACGGAGCAUCGUGUCGACUUUCCAACAGCUGUCUGUGCAGGAAAGGUUUCCAUGGCGUUCGCUGCCAAUUCUCCAAAGUCCUACUUCCUGGGGGAGGGCCUCCAGCGACCUCCGGCCUUCCCACUGGUCAACCUGCCUCGACCACAGGAAGAAACCCUGAGCCGACAGAUUCAGGUCCAAAGCCACCAAACGAUAAAGACUCUGGUCUCCUGAAGUCUGGAAGUUCAGCAGAUCAAAGUGAGGGCAUGGAUCCAGGAGACGGUACCGGCCGGUUUCUGACACCAAAGAAGAACCAAGCCUCUUCAGGAAGCACGGCUCCGACGAGGAGCGAUCCAGAUCCAGAGAGGCAGAGAACAGUUUCAGAACAUGUUGUCCUGGAGGCGAAGGCCCAAACUAAAGGAGAACACAGGAACCCACACAGACCUGAAUCCCUGGCGCUGAAAUCAAGUCUGGGAGACAAAGAGGAAGUAGCAGGAGCCUCUGAGAGGAGGCCAGAGGAGAUGAAGUGGCAGACCCCGAGUCUGAGGGAGGCCCAGUCAGUCCUGCUGAGAAACACUUUAUCACCAGGAGGAAGAGGAGGCAACAUGGCCGCUCUGUUGAUGAAGCACAUCACAAGAGAGAAGAGGAAGCUACGUACCAUGACAUCUUCAUACAACUCCUCUUCCUCAGUGAAAACCAGCAUGAGGACCUUCCACAGCCAGAGGGGACGGUACUCCGUCCACCGCUCUCUUCCCAAAGUCCUCUGUCCUCUGCUCUGUAAGAACGGAGGCGUCUGUCUGCAGAAGGAUCGCUGCCUAUGCCCGGCUAACUUCACCGGCAAGUUCUGCCAGAUUCCCCUCACUCCUUCAGCCGCCGGGCCCGCCGCCGCCUCGCCCGCCUCGCCCGCCUCCACCAAUGAGAUAGUCAAACCGGUGCACCUGUCUGCCGCGGCAGCCAAUCAGGAGCUGACACAGUCUGAGUUCCUGCUGCCGCUGGGGCAGAACCAGGAGGCGCCUCGGUCCACAGACCCCCGCAUGGUGAAGGUCAGAGUUCAGCACCCCCCCGAGGCCAGUGUGAAGAUCCACCAGGUGAUGAAGGUUUCUGGGUCCAGUCCUUCCCUGCGGACCCUCUCUUCCUCCUCCUCCUCCUCUUCCUCAUUCUCCUCCUCGGGCUCGGCUGGCGCUCCUGCACCGGCUCCAGUUCCAGCAGCGGGCGGAGGAAUCCAGGCCCAGACUCUGAGGGCCAGUGGUACCUACAACCUGCAGUCUGGCUUCAAGUACUGCUUCAGAGAAGUCAAAGAUGGACAGUGCAGCUCUCCACUUCCUGGUCUGAGGAGCAGGGAGGUGUGCUGCAGAGGAAUCGGGAAGGCGUGGGGCCUCACCGACUGCACUCUCUGUCCUGAAAUCCCAGGUCAAAGCAACAGCAGCUGUCCGGUCGGGUUGGAGCGAAUCAAUGGAUCGCAGUGUGUUGAUGUGAAUGAGUGCCUCCAGCCGGGGCUGUGUGAGAACGGCAUCUGUGUGAACACCAGGGGAAGCUAUAGCUGUGUGUGUCGGUUGGGGUUCAUCCUCGACGCCACACAUGGAGUCUGCAUCUCACAAAGCGUGAUCUCAGAGGAGAAGGGCCAGUGUUACCGGGUGGUGGGCUCGGGUCUGGGCCCGUCUUCCUGCUCCCUGCCCAUCGGCCGGAACAUCACCAAGCAGAUCUGCUGCUGCAGCCGCGUGGGGAAGGCCUGGGGACCCGGCUGCCAGAGAUGCCCCUACUUUGGUUCAGUCGCCUUUAAGGAGAUCUGUCCAGCCGGUCCCGGUUACCAUUACUCCGCCUCGACUCUGCAGUUCAGCCAGAGAGCGGACGGCGCCGCGUCCAGCCAGGGAGCUCUGAAGCCACUGCCGGACCUCACAGGGUCCAGUAGAGGUGGAGCCUCCAGUUCUCAGCAGAGACCCGCCUCCUCCGGUUCAUCGGCUGCUGCCAGACCCAGUCCUCGUCAGCCCGAGGUCCGACCCGCACCGCAGCCUCAGCCCAGCCUGACCGCCGGCUCUUCGUCCUCCAGACCGCCGCAGCCUGCCGGGUCUGCAGCCGGGGCUUCUCAGGACACACUGGGGCCCCAGCAGCGCCGGCCCAACCCGCUGCCAGCCAGACCUCAGCUUCCCUCCACUGAUAAUCGAGCUUAUCAGCCUCCCUCUGGAUCCCGACCCGACCCACCACCAGGACGAGGGGACUCUCUGCAGCCUCCUGCCCCGCCUCAGACCUCAGAUAGAUCCAGACCCGGCGGAGAGCUGCCCAGUCUAGAGAGGCGCCCGGCUGUGAGCCCGACGAGCCGCCCCACCCGAGUCCAGACUGUUCGGGGCGCGUGUGAGAGCAGACCAGGUGUGUGUGGGCGUGGCCGCUGCGUGGAUCAGCCAGGUGGGAGACACACCUGCGAGUGCCAUGAGGGAUACCAGCCCAACGCUCAGCGCAGCCACUGUUACGAUGUGGAUGAGUGUCUGCAGAACCCCUGCAGUUACGGUCACUGUGAGAACACACCUGGGAGCUACAGGUGUGUCUGUCGCCAUGGUUACAGGCUUAUUGGGAACACCUGCGAAGACGUGGACGAGUGCGUGGAUCCUCUGCGGUGUCCCGGACAGGAAUGCGUCAACACUCCAGGUUCCUACCGCUGCUCAUCCUGCCAGCCGGGAUUCGGGCUGCUCAACGGGCUCUGCACAGACAUAGACGAGUGUCGGCAAUCUCCGUGCUCCAACGGCCCCUGUGAGAACACACCUGGGAGCUAUCGCUGUGUCUGUCGCCAUGGUUACAGGCUGCACAACAACACCUGCACAGACGUAGACGAGUGUGAGGAGCCGUCUCAGUGUCCUGGCCAGAUGUGCGUGAACUCUGUGGGAUCCUACAGGUGUGUGUCGUGUCGUCCAGGAUACACGCUGACCAACAGACAGUGUACAGACGUGGACGAGUGUGCGAGCGCCGGCGCGUGUGAAGCGGAGCAGGUGUGCGUUAACACCGUUGGCUCGUUCAGGUGCGACUGUCGGCCCGGAUACCGAAGCUCAGGCCUGGGGAGGCAGUGCAGAGACAUUAACGAGUGUCUGGAGGGGGACUUCUGUUUCUCCAGAGGGGAGUGCGUGAACACACCUGGAUCAUACACCUGUGUGUGCUCGCUAGGAUUCCUGCUGAAUGAGAACAGGACGGCCUGCCUCGACGUGGACGAGUGCGUGAGGCCUGGCGUGUGUGCAGACGGCCGCUGUGUGAACACUGAAGGGUCCUUUGAGUGUCGAUGUGAAAACGGUUUCACCACCAACCCUGAGAGGACUGCCUGCCUCGAUGUGGAUGAGUGCGUCUCAUCCGGCGGUUCUGUUUGUGCGUCGCAGCGAUGUGAGAACACGAUCGGCUCGUUCCGGUGCCUCGCCUCCUGUGAGGCAGGUUAUCAGGUGACAGCGGACGGCAGCUGUGUGGACGAGGACGAAUGUGCGUCUCAGCCGGCCGUGUGCGGCUCGGCCCGUUGUGAGAACACGGAGGGAAGCUUUACGUGUAAAUGUGACGGAGCGACGGACGUCUUUGACUCCUCAGCCAGAGAGUGCGUGAGUCCUGUGAGGCCAGCAUCAGAGACUCUUCCUGACCUCAGACACUCUUCCUCGUCUUCCUCGUCUUCCUCGGGCUUCCAAACCAGCACGGUGGACGUUGUGCCGGUGCUGACCCAGCUGACUGCGGCCCGGCCCGGGGAGCUGAGGGAGUGUUACUACAACCUGGGCGACCAGGGCGGCUGCAGCCUGCUGACCGCCAACGUCAGCCAGCAGGAGUGCUGUUGCACCAUGGGAGAGGGCUGGGGGCUGGGAUGCCAGUACCACACCUGUCCACCUGGAGACACAGCCGAGUUUCUGUCUCUCUGUCCCAACGGGAGAGGAUAUGUGACAUCAGGAUCUGGAGCCUUCAGCUACACAGACGUAGACGAGUGUAAGCGCUUCCAGCCGGAGGUGUGUAAGAACGGCGUGUGUGUCAACAACAUCCCGGGCUACAGAUGCUACUGCUCCAGUGGGUUUGUCUACAACAGCGCGCUGCUGGAGUGCGUCGAUUACGACGAGUGUGAGGAGGAGACGUGCGUCGGGGGUGUGUGCGUGAACACGGUGGGCUCGUAUCACUGCAGCUGCCCGCCUCCCAUGGUGCUGGACGACACUCAGAGAAACUGUGUGAACGCCUCCCACCUCACUGUGGAUGAGAACCUGUCUGUGUGCUGGCAGCACGUUAGCGCCGACCUGCUGUGUCAGAGUCCUCUGCUUGGAGGCCAGGUCACCUUCAUCGACUGCUGCUGUUUGUACGGGGAGGGCUGGGGCAUGGGCUGCGCUCUCUGCCCCGCCACUGACUCAGACGACUACGCCUCUCUGUGCAGCUCAUAUUCUGCAGCUACGUACCAAAGCAGAUUCCCAGACUCAGCCGGACCAGAAGCUGGACCCGGACGAGGAGCUCCUCCUUACAGUCCAGAGUUCUUCUCUCCACCAGUGCUGCCCGGCAGAGGGUUCAGUGGUCCUGACUAUGACGACUACUCUCCAGCAGGGGGCAGCAGGUCAGGAUUCGGGGGCAGGACUCCGGGCUCCUUUGCUCCGCCAGAUGAAUCCUAUCGUGGGUCUGAGUUCAGUCCUGGUUACUACCCAGAAGGAGACUACGGCUCUCCUGAAGGCUCCCUGCCCAGAGCACCGACCUUCAGGCUCCCUCCGGACCCCAGAGCCGACAUUGCAUAUGGGGUGCGGCCUCUACUUCCAUCCCGGCCCGACUCGCCUCCGCUGAACCUGGCACCGUACGAAGACCGGGAGGAGGAGGAGGAAGACGUGGGGACGUGGAGGCAGGGCCCGCCCUUUCCUCCCUUCACUGACAGGAGCGCAGAAGGAGGCGGAGGACCGCCACGGAGGCUGUAUGAGAGGCGUUAUGAGACCCACGCCGGGCUGAACGCAGCAGAGGAGUGUGGCAUUCUGCACGGCUGUGAGAACGGCCAGUGCAUCCGCGUGGCCGAGGGUUACACCUGCGACUGCUACCUGGGCUUUGAGCUGGACAUGACCUCCAUGACCUGCAUCGACAUAAACGAGUGUGAGGACAGCGCUGGCCUGCAGUUCCCGUGCGUCAACGCUCGCUGCGUGAACACCGAAGGCUCGUUCCGCUGCGUCUGCAGGAGAGGAUACGUCAUGUCCCGCAGACGCAACCACUGCAUCGCCGCUUAGACCCGACUCAGCAGGCCAAUCCAUACCGGACUGAUGUAUUUAGUUGUUUCUGUUUGCACUAAACCGCCCCAAGACAGAACAGUUUGUCCUGCAGACCCGUUUAGCGUCACGCUGUCCUCCAGCUUAUCCUGGGGAGAUUCUUCCUCAAUAAUCACACCACAUGCAUCCCCACCAUGGAGCCAAACGCAGGCUGCUUCUGCCCAUCAAAGCUCUUUUUUUAAUUUUCUAAAGGCACAUAUCAGUUGUACAACUUUUCCUCAUGGGUCAAGAUUUCAGGUCAUGACAGUUAUGAGUUAUUUCCAUGCCAAAAAUAAGCCAAGGUAGCCGACAACAGAGCUGCACACUGCAGAAGAGCCAUGAAAUGUGUCUAAUGCUAAACUUGGGCAUCGAUGCAUGAAACAUUAGCUACAUCUGCAUAGACAAUAGUAAUCGUAAUAAUAAAGGGCCGAUCGGAAUAAAAAUGUUUCAUGUAAAAACGCUAAUCGGAAUAUUGUGAUCGGAUUAAACUCAAUCAGAAUGAAGUUUUAUUCUGAAUUGGCCGUAAACGCUUGUCAGGAUCAAGUUAUCCUGAAAGUAGCAAACUUAGUGCACAUGUGUGCCCAACGUAAGCGUGACGUAUUUCUGCGUUGGUGAAUGGCGGAAAUACGUCAGGAAGCAAAACUGUCUGUCCUCCCGAUACAACUUUCCUGUUUGCGACAUUAAAAGAGCUCAAAAUUAUUUAUUCAGUAAAGUUUCAGCUGUAACUAGAAGCUAGAUGCUUGGAGGACAAACGAGCUCGUAUGAAACUUUGUUUGAUAUCAUUUGUUGUUCAGCAAAGACGGAAGUUCUUCAUCUUCUGUGUUUCUUUUAGGAAAAUUUGAUAAUUGCUUAUGUCAGAGGGGAUCUCCUCUGAAUAAAGCCAGGAGCAUAAAAACACA